AUGCGCACUACAGUGAAGAAACUUCCAAAAGCAGCAUCGGGAAAGACAUCUUCAGGAUUGACUGCGAGCUUUUUUGACAAGGAAGAAGACAGAAUAGCGAACAAGGAUUUAUUUGUCAAGCCAAAAGAGGUUGAAAAAGUUCAGGAAGAACCAAUGGAAGUCUCAGAAGAGCAAGAAGAAAAGGAAAGGAUAAACAAGCGUCUUCUCAUCCAAACUCAGGACGGAGCAAAAGUAAAGGGCGUCGGAAUCGCGAAAAAUCUACCGCAAGGAUUCUACGACGACAAGACGAAAGAUGCGACUAUUCGAGGGGUUGAAACGCCGGCGGAUAAAGCAAAAAGAGAAUGGAACGAGUUCACCAUGGCGAUAAAUGAAGAAACAGUCAAGUCGAAUCAGAUGUUGGAAGAAGAGGAUGAAAGUUUCAACUUUUCAAAAGAUAUUGAUGAAGUCGAUCAACAAAUCGCCAUGUUCUCUAAGACCAAAGACCUUGCCGAUCGGGUGAAAGAACUGCGCAAAAAGCGCGAAGAACUCCGCCAAAAGAAGCUCGAAGCAGUGGAAGAUGAAGAAAUGUCCUCCGGCUCCGAAGAUGAAGUCGAUUGGAGGCAGCAAAAUAUUUUUUAA